AUGUUAGUCGCUGCUGCCUCCUCUCGUUCUCAAACUCCCAAACCGAAUGGAGAAUCUGGUGGAGAUGACUUGUUCUCCACUCUUUCCUCAUGGUCCUCCUCACUCCAAAAGACAUUCCAUCAAGUCCUCCUCACUCCAACCAACUCAACGACUUCCGACUUUGAUUCAAACAGCAAUCCCUCAUCAUCAUCAACAACAUCCUCCUCGAGUACCAACAGUAACAACCACAUCAACAACAACAGUGGUAAUCAUCCUUCAUCCUCAUCAUCAGCGCUCUCUACUGUCGUGUCAUCAUCCUCACCAACGAAUCCCAACCACCACAAAAAACAAAUGCUGAAAGAAAAACGCCCUCUAAUGAGGAAUCAGAUUGAUUUUUCAAGCGGAGAAGAUGAAGAGUCCAUGAUUGGGUCAGCCUCAUCAUCAUUGAAGAAGAUAUCCGGUUCUGAAUCGAUUGGAGAUUGGUUCUCUUCGGUUCAAAAUUCAAUCACCAAACAAUGGAAUGAGUGGUCAUCUGCGUCUUCCAACAACAACAACAACAUUGGACAAAACUUGGAUAAUGAUGAUGGUCCUCUCGCAAAGGUAACUCACUCCUCCCGAAGCAAGUCCCCUUCCACCUCCUCUCCCAAUGUAACUUCCAACAACAACAACGGUUUUAUGGAUUCUCUUUCUUCGACCUUUGCUUCCAUUAAAACACAAACCAACGACAAGUGGACUCUAUUGAGAGAUCAAUUCUUUGAUAACAACAGUCAGAACGCUAUUGAUGAAAAUGAUAAUUCAUUUCUCGGAAGACUUUCCAAAGAGAUUGAUGGUAUGAUCACUCUCACGGCCAAACAACGCAUGUAUGGCUUUUUCAUGUCUCUCGGUUUUGGUUUGUUAUGUAUUAUAAUUGCUCUUGGCUUUUUGCCAUCCAUCCUCUUUGCAUCGGGAGCCUUUGCCUUCUUCUAUACCUUUGGUAAUUUGUUGUGCCUGGUUUCAACCUUCUUCUUGGUUGGUCCAGUCGCUCAAGUGAAGAACAUGGCAAAGCCUGAUCGAGCCAUUCCAUCUGCAUUAUUUAUUGCUUCCAUGGUUUUGACUUUGAUUUGUGUGUUUGCAAUGCCAAUUGCAUUGCUAAUUAUUUUACUUGUAAUUAUGCAGGCGAUUGGGUUGGUGUGGUAUGUCAUUUCCUACAUUCCAUUUGCCCAACAAAUUCUAGGCAUGAUAUUCUCUUCGUUUAUGAGAGUUUUCAACUAA